CUCCAUUUUGUACGAAAUCGUCCAUGCGUCAGUAUCGCUUCUGUGAAUUAUCCCAUAAUGAAAACGAUCUGUGCAAAAGAAAGUAUUUGGAAGAAAUAUAAAAAAUGGCGUGGAAAUGUGUAGUAGUGUUAGUAUUUUUGUGUGGUUGUGAUUGCGGUCAGUUAUGCCCUAGGCAAUGUGAUUGCGAUGUGUAUAACGGGCUUAAUCGGGCCACCUGUGAGGGGCAGAAUAUAAUCAGCAUGGAGGUGGGAGUGCCCAGCGGAGUGCAGGUCUAUAGUCUGAGCCAUAAUGUGAUAAGUGGAUUGGAGAACUAUUGCUUCAAGGAAGCAGGUAUAACUUCAAUAGAAGUGCUAAACCUCUCAUACAACCAGCUAUCUUGGAUCGGCAUCCACGCAUUCGCGGGCCUGGAUAAGCUGGUGCACCUGGAUUUGAGCGGCAAUCGGCUUAGGGCGUUGGUGAUGGACCUCUUCUUCGAAACUCCAAUGCUGGAAAUGCUGGAUUUGUCGGGAAAUGUUUUUGAGGAGCUCAAAAAUCAACCUUUAAUAGAACACACAAAGUUGAAAGUGUUAAACCUCAACAACUGCCGGAUAAAGUCGCUGCCAGACAGAAUAUUCAGCCGUUUACCAAACUUACGUAAAUUGGAUUUGAGCGAAAACUACCUAAUUUCUUUAAACACGGAAGUCCUGAAACCACUACGAAAACUAGAGAGGUUAGAAUUACAGAACGACUACUGGAACUGCGACUCUAAUUUCAUGGCAGUAGAAGCUUGGAUAACUUCACAUCGCAUCAGCUAUACGAAGAAGUGCGUCAGAAGAUCCCCUAAAAUGUUUGAGAAAAUUAUAUCGGCAGCGCCCGUCGAGCGACCAGAUGUCGACGUUAAAGACGUUUGGAACAUCACUUCUGAGAAAAAUGAAACACUGCCCGUUCUAAAACCCACAAAGCAACUGACCUGGUACGAGAAAAUUGACAAAGAAUUUUCAUCGUCGCAAGCGUUUAUUAUAGGAUUGGAAUUGGGGUUGGCGAUCGGUAUAGUGGUCACUUACAUUUGGUUACGCUCGCUAUGCGGGUGUCGACGAGUGAAUUGCACGCGACCUCAAACUAGAAGGCAGAGGCGACGAGCGCAGAGGGUGGACAGUGAUAUGAGGACGAAUUUACUGUGGAGCAGCGGUAUUAAUCCGGAUUUGGAGACUCCUCCGCCGUAUAGAAGGCAGUUGUCGCUGCCGUACGGCGUGCCGGGGCCCCGCGGGCCGGGGCUGCGCGCCGACGCCGUCCGCGUCCCGGCGCCGCGCGGCGACACUCCGCCGCCUCCGUAUCAUGAGUGUAGAAUCAACAUAUAAGUGCACUUGAGACGAUGACUCAUACCUACUGUGGAAACUAAACUAUCCUUUGUUGUGAUAUUGUGCUAUUAUUGUAUACGCUUCGAAUUGUGUUUACGUACUGACUUUGAUAAGUUUUUUUAAACAAUGUGAUAUAGUCGGCAGCGGAUACAUACAAAUCAGUGGCGGAUUAGACACGUGGCAAAAGUAGCAAAUGCCACGGGCCCCGCGCACUUGUGGCCGUAACAAUCCUAAGUUUCACUUACAAAAUAAGAACAAUCCGUGGGCCCCAUUAUAGAAUUAGAAUUUGCUACAGGCCCCGCGCUGCCUUUAUCCGGCACUGAUACAAAUAAGUCAUCUAGAUUAUGGAUAUUAGCGCUUACACGCUUGUUAAUAACGUCGAGUGUCGCUCGUGAACUCAUUUUCCCCUUAAUAUACACGGUGGCUAAAAAAUAAGUGCAUUCCCGUUGCCAGGGACGUUUUGGGAUUAUACUGAGCAACUUUUACUAUGGCACCAACCCCGGAAUCGCGAAAAAAUUUUUGGCUGUUUCAUACAUUUUGGCUGGUCCAUUUUCUAUGGGAGGGUAAAUUUUUUUUUUCGCGAUUUCGUGGUUGGUCCCAUAGUAAAAGUUGCUCAGUAUAAUCCCAAAACCUCCCUGGCAACAGAAAUGCACUUAUUUUUUAGCCAUCCUGUAUAACCAGACGGUAAAUAAAAACAAUUUAUUUAUAUUAUUUAUUUUAAUGUUUUAUAAAUACCAUUAUCACAUUUCUUUUAAAUAUAAAAUUUAUAUAAUCUGUUAUAAUAUAAAAACAUAUUCGCUAAGUCAGACUCAUAGAAAUAUUGUUGAAUUUAAAAUAAAUCCUUUAAAUCUAAACUGAUAUAAUAAUUUGGGUAACUAUAAGAAUUUUGUACAUAAAAUAACACAACCUCAUGGCAAAUUGUUGAAUAAUCACCAAAAUAACUAUGGCAUUUCCAUGGCAAUAUUAAAUUAGUUAAACAUAA